AUUCAACUUUGCAUCUUCUCCGGCUUCGCGCACAGUUUUGGCUCGGCCUAUUUUCUCAGGGCUCGGCGGGUUGAUUGCUUUGAAAAGUUUAUCGCUUCUCGGUGAUUUCUGUGGAAAUUAUAUUAGUAAUCGAACGUUUUUUGGUUUUAAUUCGCAAAAAUGUCAAAGGCCCAUCCCCCAGAGUUGAAAAAGUACAUGGACAAACGUUUGUCUCUGAAGUUGAACGGCGGACGAGUGGUUUCCGGUAUUCUGCGUGGAUUCGAUCCGUUUAUGAACGUUGUCUUGGACGAAUCCAUCGAAGAGUGCAAGGACAGCACACGAAACAACAUUGGGAUGGUGGUCAUCCGCGGCAACAGUAUCAUCAUGGUGGAAGCUUUGGACAGGAUAUAACUUACCGUUGGCUCUCUGUUUGUGGGAGUCAACUCAAACUUCUCGAUAGCAUUAAGGACAUGUGUGAAUUGGUAAAAUAAAACAAUAACUCAACAUUAGA